AGCCAUCUAUUGGUCUGUCUGUGUGCCCAUCCAUCCGUCCGUCCGUCCGUCCGUCCAUCGAUCUUCAUGUGUAGGGGAAGUCGUCGAGUGGGCUGAGCUUGUCCACCUGCAUGGGCACAACACCGCCUGACGCCCCGCCGGCGCCACUGGGUGACACCCCUCCCCUGUAGAAGGCACUGUGCCGCUGCUGGUAGUGAUGCGCAGAUGAGAACAGCGGUGGGGGUGAUGGGGACGGGUGGGCCUUACGUUUGCUGACCACGCACACGCACAAAAACCAAGUGUCAAUCAGUCAGAGACACCGCACAUUCUGCCCAGCUCUUUGACUCUGUGUACUGUACCGUGCAGCAGCUGCUUUCGGCCGUGGUCUGGUGGGUGCGUUGGCUGCAGGCGGCAGUGAGGGAGGGCGUGGCGCAUACAUCGACGGUGGGGGCCGCAGCUGAUUGGGAGGCGCUGGACGCAGUUAAAAGGCACACAAACACAAUGAGCACCGACCACUCUACUCGGCUUGGCUUGUGUGUGUUCUACGUACGUUGGUGUGGCAUUAGGAAUGCAGAUGCAGGUUUGAAUCGCGAGAAGGACGUGGGCUGCUGCACACGCUCCUGCGCGCUGAUCUUCUUGAGCAACAACGCCCUGACAGCACACAGUCAAUGAGACAUGGCGAAGGCAGUGUGACUGACCCUUUCCCAAUCUGUUACUUCUUCUUUUGGUGUUCGAUGAUUUGUUUCUCAGUGGUGUCGAGUGCAGCCUUCAUGUCGAGCAUCUCACCGCCCAGCUGAUGCAUCUUAUCACGGUGCUCCUGCAGCGCACAACACACGACACACAUACACACACGCCACCUGUAAGGUGCGGCCGACGUGUCUCCCUCCUUCCGCCGCUGCAUACCUUCAUGUAGAUGUCGAGUGCCUGUUUCUCAGCCGCCAGCGUGCGAUUCAGCGACUCAAUCUGACAAACAUGUUACGCACAUAAGAAUGAAGCCCAAAUGAAUGGAUGGCUGCCCGGAGCUCACCUCGGCAGCGGCAGCUUUGUGGUAGUCUUGUGCCAUGUGCAGCUCCUCCUGCAGCGACUCGUUCAUCUUGCAGUUCUCCUGGUGGACACACAACACCACAUCAUCAUACCACAGCAUACCAUACCAAAUCUGCACUGCAAGCAAACGCCCCCUCCUCCAACGCUUACCGCCUCCCCCUCCUGCAGUUCGGCCAGUGAGGGCAGAGACUCGCCUGCAUCGACACACACACACGAACACUCACCGUGUCUGGUGGAUUGGGGUCCCCGCCCGCCCACACACACACACGUACACAGCUGACGCUCCUUCUCGACCGCACGCCUGAAUGAAAUGAAUGUCGACAGAAAGUGUGGUGGAGCUGUUUGUUCCACGAAUGUGAUGCAUACUUGAGCUGUCGGACGGUCUCGUGUAGCGAUGAGGCGACGAAAUGCUCGUCAAUGCGCUCAGCAGCCUUGGUGUACUUGACCAUCGCCGCACUCGCCACCGCCUUCAACUGCACACACACGAAGAGCCAUCCAUCCAUCCAUGCAGGCAGAUCCACCGCCCCACCUGAUGGAAGUUGCUGAUCUUGGUGUACUGCUGUCGCUUGUCCUCGAGUGACAGACGCGCAUCCUCCUGCCGGCACUUGUGGACAGGGACGGCCCGUGCAAGCUCCUCAGCCCGUGUGGUGACGGGCAGGACACGGUUGAGGCGUCCGCUGCUCUCCUUCUCUUCGAGUUUGAGGUUGGUCUGCACGGCAUAGCGGAGCCGCUGCAGAAGAGCGGCGUUCUCGUCCUUGAGCGCCGCCACCUCCUUCCGCUUCAGCGACACCACAUCCUCCAACACUGAAAGACGCUCUGCGAUGCAAUCCAUGGCGCUUUUCU